UUUCAUCUGUUGCCAGUGGUGCGAAUCAGUAAAACAGUCGUAUCUUGAUUGCUCUGCAUCAUGAUAUUCAUUCCAAAAACAGUCAGGUGCAUUUUGACAUUGCUCACAUUAUUUAUAGCAAUUCGAUUUGCACCAUUUUCUGUGACGGGAUUUCAUAUUUGUGAGUCAGAGGCUCCAAAAUUAGGAGGCGUUUUACCGAUAUGCAAAUCUAAAGAUAAAAGUCACCAUUUGAUUUGUUUCGGUGGAAUUGGUGAAGAAUGGAGCUUUGGCCUUAGAUCAAAAUAUUUGCGCAUACUGACGCUUUGUGAAUGGCCGGAUAUUAAUUUUGAUCCGGAAACACUUUUGAGGAAUUUUCCAUCUUUAAAAAGUCUAUCAUUAUUUAAUGGAAGUAUUACUAAUAUCCUCAGGCCAUUUCCUAUUGAAGCUCAAAAUGUCGAGAAACUUGUAAUCAUUGGUACCAGACUACGUCACUUAUCUGACGGAAUUUUAAGGAAUUUAUCAGCUUUACAAAUUCUUGAUUUGAGGUAUAAUUCAUUUAGUGAAAUAAAUCCAGAAAAUUUUAAUUCUACAUCUUUGCAAACUGUAUAUCUAUUUGGAAAUCCAUGGAAAUGUAGGAGGGAAAUGGCUUGGAUUUUAGAAUCUGGAAUGGACUAUUUAUCGAAUAAAAUUAUUGAUAAAGCGGAUCUUCGAUGCUCAGUUCCUUAUGAGGGCAGACCACUUAUACCAGUGGUAGAAAUUAUAGUAGUUUUGGGCGAUGAAUGCCAACGAACAGUCUGUGAGUGCCAAUUGGCUUAUGUUUACGGACGAGUAGACAGACUAAUUCAAAAACAAUUAAAGGCUUUCGUGUCAGUGAAUUGCAGUAAUCGAGGAUUAACAGAAAUGCCCUCUUUCUUACCAGCAAACACGACUGUUCUUCAACUUUCAGAAAAUAAGAUUACAGACUUGAGUCCUUUGGCAACGAAUGCAGUUUACCGAUUUGUUCAAGAUCUUUAUUUGGAUCACAAUUUAGUAGAGUCGAUUAGUCUUCUGGACGGAACACAUUGGCUGGAAAACUUUCGUCUUCUCAAUCUUCGCAAUAAUAAAUUAACAGAUCUGCCAACUUAUGCGUUAGAACAUGCUCUACCCCAGAAUAUAAAUUCAGCACGCUUGUACUUAGGACAUAAUCCUUGGAGAUGUGAUUGUUUAUUUACCCCAGGAUUUCAGGAUUUUCUAAUUAGGUAUGCGAAUCUAGUAAAAGAUAUCAAUGACAUUCGAUGUUCGGCAGUAGAAGCAGACGAAAUUGCAAAUAAACAGAUUCGAGAAUUGACUAGGACGGAAAUUUGUAUUUCUCCUGAGGAAGAUUACUGGUUACUGCCUUUGGACGUUUUAAAUGCCACACUUGCAUUUUUGAUAUUUCUGGUUCUUGGAAAACUUCUCUACGAUUACUUGUGUUUUAAAAGAACAGGAAAAUUACCUUGGAUUGUGACUAAAAUACCAUGAUUUAAUAUGGUAUUGUGUUAAAAGAAUUUUAUCUGCAGGUUCAGUUUAUCUAUAAAAUACCCGAAGCAAAUGUAAAUAAAAUGGCUUUUUGUCGAAAUGUCUCAUUAAAAAAUUUUGUUUGUAAUUUUCUUCCUGCAGAUCAUUAAUUCAAAAGAAAAAUUGUCAAAAAAG